AUGGCGACUGGUUCAGCUCUACGGCCGCUCUCGCGGACCGUAUUGACUGCCCCGUCCAUUCUUAGUGCGACUAGACUGCGUACUGCGCCUCGAACCCUCCGACCUCUCCUCGAAUUCAGCUCCGCCAUUCCCUCCUCCUCGCCCACCCAGAUCCGAUACAGCUCAUACCACUCACCGGAACCAACUACCAAUGCUCGCAAGAAGGUUACCAUGCAGACGAUAAAGAGCCUAUACAAGAAGGGCGAGCCGAUUGUCAUGCUCACGGCGCACGACUUCCCCAGUUCACAUGUGGCUGAGGCCGCGGGUGUUGAUAUGGUGCUGGUGGGGGAUAGUCUGGGGAUGGUGGCGAUGGGAUUGGAGAACACGACUGAGAUGGUUAUGGAGGAGAUGAUCUUGCAUUGUCGGAGUGUAGCCCGUGGUGCUAAGAGCUCGUUCAUUGUGGGUGAUCUGCCCAUGGGGUCGUACGAGGUGAGCUCGGAACAAGCAGUGCAAUCGUCCAUACGUCUUGUCAAAGAGGGUCAUGUGCAUGCAGUGAAGAUCGAAGGUGGUGAGGAGCUAGGCCCGACCAUUAAGCGAAUUACCCAGGCUGGUAUCCCGGUCGUAGGCCAUAUAGGCCUCACGCCCCAACGACAGAACGCGCUCGGUGGUUUCCGGGUCCAGGGAAAGAGUUGCAAUAGUGCAUUGCAACUUCUGCGCGAUGCCAUGGUGAUGCAAGAAGCCGGCGUCUUCAUGUUGGUCCUCGAAGCGAUGCCCGAGGAGGUCGCAACCUUGAUCACCUCGAAGCUCAAGGUGCCCACAAUAGGUAUCGGCGCCGGCAAUGGUUGCUCCGGCCAGGUGCUUGUCCAGAUCGACAUGACUGGCAACUGGGAGCCGGGUCGGUUCGUCCCGAAAUUCGUGAAGAAGUAUGCCGACGUCUGGGGUGAAGCGACUCGCGGAAUUACGCAAUACCGCGACGAGGUCAAGAGUCGCGCUUUCCCUUCCAAGGAAUUCACCUAUCCCAUUCCGAAGGAAGAGCUGGCGGAGUUCGAGAAGGCGGUUGAGGAGAUGUAUCGGAAGUAA